UCCGCCGAUUUUCCCUAGUAACCCACAUGGAAACAGAUUUCCCUGUGUUUUGAGUUUCGGCGCCGAUUACGGCGGAGCUAAACAUACGGGGGCUUAGGAGGCACUUUAUGUAUUUUAAAUCUUCCUUGUAGUUUUUAAAUCGCAUAUUUGCUCAAGUGACACAACUAUGAAGAUUGAGGAAGUAAAAAGUACCACGAAAACCCAGCGGAUCGCUUCUCACAGUCAUGUCAAAGGGCUCGGCUUAGACGAGGCCGGCAAUGCUAAACAGACAGCAUGUGGUCUUGUCGGCCAAGAGGCUGCGAGAGAGGCUUGUGGCAUCAUAGUUGAGCUGAUUCGCUCAAAAAAGAUGGCAGGAAGGGCAGUGUUACUGGCAGGGCCACCUGGUACAGGAAAGACUGCACUCGCCUUAGCUGUAGCACAGGAUCUGGGAAACAAGGUGCCUUUCUGUCCUAUGGUCGGCAGCGAGGUCUACUCAUCUGAGAUUAAAAAAACAGAAGUACUGAUGGAAAAUUUCAGGAGGGCUAUUGGACUGCGAAUCAAAGAGACAAAGGAAGUGUACGAAGGGGAGGUGACAGAGCUGAACCCCUGUGAGACUGAGAAUCCAAUGGGUGGCUAUGGGAAAACCAUCAGCCACGUCAUCAUCGGCCUGAAGACGGGUAAAGGCACGAAACAGCUCAAGCUGGAUCCCAGUAUUUAUGAGAGUCUUCAGAAAGAGCGUGUGGAAGUGGGAGACGUCAUCUACAUUGAAGCCAACAGUGGAGCUAUCAAGAGACAAGGUCGUUGUGACACCUUUGCAACAGAGUUUGAUCUGGAGGCAGAGGAGUAUGUUCCGCUUCCCAAAGGCGAUGUUCACAAAAAGAAAGAGAUAGUCCAAGAUGUCACACUGCACGACCUGGAUAUCGCAAACGCCAGACCCCAGGGAGGCCAGGACAUUCUCUCCAUGAUGGGACAACUGAUGAAGCCCAAAAAGACAGAAAUCACAGAUAAGCUGCGUGCCGAGAUCAACAAGGUGGUGAACCGAUACAUUGACCAGGGCGUAGCUGAGCUUGUGCCUGGUGUGCUGUUUGUGGAUGAGGUGCACAUGCUGGAUAUCGAAUGCUUCACCUACCUCCAUCGAGCACUCGAGAGUAGCAUUGCCCCCAUCGUUGUGUUUGCCUCUAACAGGGGAAACUGUUUAAUCAGGGGGACAGAGGACAUCAGCUCUCCACACGGGAUUCCUCUGGACUUGCUGGACAGAGUCAUGAUAAUCCGUACCAUGUUGUACACGCCGCAGGAGAUGAAGCAGAUCAUCAAGAUCCGCGCUCAGACUGAGGGGAUCAAUAUCAGUGAGGAAGCACUUACACACCUGGCAGAGAUUGGCACCAAGACCACCCUCAGGUAUGCUGUACAGCUGCUGACCCCAGCCAGUCUGCUGGGCCGUGUUCAGGGAAAAGAGUCAGUUGAGAGAGAGCAGAUAGAGGAAAUCAACGAGCUGUUCUAUGAUGCCAAGUCCUCUGCCAAAAUCCUUCAAGACCAACAUCACAAGUUCAUGAAAUAAAACUGGCGUUCUACCGUUUCUUUAAACAACGCAGGGCUGGUGUUCUCAGCCAGCGGUUCCAUGGUUUGUUUUAUCUUCAUUCUUGUUCCAUGCUUUGUUUCUUCCCAUUUUAAAUGUCUGCACCAUGGCUUAUUUAGUGUAGUAUAGUAGAAGUUUUGUUCUAAUAAGUAUUAAGUUUCAUUCAUUAUUUGUCAAAAUAAUUUUGAAUAAAAAGGAAAAACACAAA